AUGUCAUCGACAAAAAACAUAUUCGAUGAUCUUCGAUCAGAAUUCGAUCGUCUUGAUGAAGAUAAAGAUGGUUAUAUAACUCUAAAAGAAUUUCGAGCAUUCCAUUCGAAAACAACGAACGAUGCAUCAGCAAUAGCCAAAGCAUUUGCUGCUAUUGAUUCGGAUAAAGAUGGUCUUGUAACAUUUGAAGAAUUUCAACGUGCGUAUAAAGACUAG